GUACCAAACUUUGUUUUCUUUUUUCAAUAAAUUUGGCGAAUUACCCAAAAAUUGUAGUGAAUAAAUUGGUAGUUGUCUUGUCUUUGCUCGUUGGUUUAUUUGUUAUCUAUCUGAUCUGAUCGUGAAGAUAGAAAGUGGAGAAUGGGGUUGUGGUCGUUGCUUGUGGCGAUUCCAUUUCUGAUCUCUUUGCUGGGAACCCACGUUAGAUCCGACGCCUCCGAUCAUCGUUACAAGGAUGGAGAACUCGUUCCUCUCUACGCCAACAAAGUCGGUCCCUUUCACAACCCCAGUGAAACGUAUCGAUACUUUGACCUGCCGUUCUGUGUAACGGGUCACGAGAGAGAAAAGACUGAGGCACUUGGCGAGGUGUUGAAUGGUGAUCGCCUUGUUAGUGCUCCUUAUGAACUUAAUUUCAGAACGGAGAAGGACUCAAAGGUUGUGUGCAAGAGAAAGCUGACGAAGGAGCAAGUUGCUCAGUUCCGAGAAGCAGUUAAGAAGGACUAUUAUUUCCAAAUGUAUUAUGAUGACUUACCAAUCUGGGGAUUUAUUGGAACGGUUGACAAAGAAGGAAAAACUGAUCCUAGCGAGUAUAAGUAUUUUCUUUACAAGCACAUUCAGUUUGAUAUUCUGUACAACAAAGAUCGAGUGAUUGAAAUCAGUGCCCGGAUGGAUCCUCAUUCUGUGGUCGACCUCACUGAGGAUAAAGAAAUUAAUGUUGAUUUUAUGUAUACUGCAAAAUGGAAGGAAACUGAUACUGCUUUUGAGAAGAGAAUGGAGAAAUACUCUCAGUCUUCAUCUUUACCGCAUCACCUAGAAAUUCACUGGUUCUCAAUCAUAAACUCCUGUGUAACAGUACUUCUUUUGACUGGUUUUCUGGCAACUAUUCUCAUGCGUGUAUUGAAGAAUGACUUUAUGAAAUAUGCUCAAGAUGAGGAAGCUGCUGAUGAUCAAGAGGAGACAGGAUGGAAAUACAUUCAUGGUGAUGUUUUCCGGUUUCCAAAGUACAAGUCUUUGUUUGCAGCAGCCCUUGGUUCUGGUACUCAGUUAUUCACUCUUACAAUCUUCAUUUUUAUGCUUGCACUGGUUGGUGUAUUUUAUCCAUAUAAUCGAGGAGCAUUAUUUACUGCACUGGUGGUCAUAUAUGCUCUCACAUCUGGCAUAGCUGGCUACACCGCUACUUCCUUCUAUAUUCAGCUUGAAGGGUCUAAUUGGGUUAGAAACUUAUUGCUGACUGGAUGCCUCUUUUGUGGCCCCCUUUUCCUUAUGUUCUGCUUCCUUAACACAGUUGCAAUUGCUUAUAGUGCAACUGCUGCUCUUCCAUUUGGCACAAUUGUGGUGAUUGUCCUAAUAUGGACAUUGGUAACUUCACCAUUGCUUGUGUUAGGUGGCAUUGCAGGUAAAAAUAGCAAAGCUGAGUUCCAAGCACCUGUCCGCACUACAAAAUAUCCCCGAGAAAUUCCCCCUCUGCCUUGGUACAGGAGUACCAUUCCCCAGAUGGCAAUGGCAGGGUUUCUCCCUUUUAGUGCCAUCUACAUAGAGCUGUACUACAUUUUUGCUAGUGUAUGGGGCCACAGAAUUUAUACUAUCUACAGCAUUCUCUUCAUUGUCUUUAUUAUUCUGUUGAUUGUCACUGCUUUCAUCACUGUGGCUUUGACAUACUUUCAACUUGCUGCUGAGGAUCAUGAAUGGUGGUGGAGGUCUUUUCUUUGUGGCGGAUCAACUGGGUUGUUCAUCUAUGGCUAUUGCUUGUAUUAUUACUAUGCACGAUCAGAUAUGUCUGGUUUUAUGCAAACUUCGUUCUUCUUCGGUUACAUGGCCUGCAUCUGUUAUGGCUUCUUCCUCAUGCUUGGUAGUGUAGGUUUCCGUGCCUCCCUGCUCUUUGUUCGUCACAUAUACAGGUCCAUCAAGUGUGAGUAGCUGGUGGCUGAACGUGUGGUGAAGUUUAUAUUGUUUCUGUUAGGUGAAAAGAAAAGGGUCUAUGAUUUUUUGUUUCCUGUCAUAAGGUAGGUUAUAUAGUGUACCUGGGAACUAGAGAAGCGUUGAUUCCUUUCAUACAUUGGUGUCAUGCUUACUCUUUUAACUGCACAGGUUUGCACUUGAGGAAGAUUUUUGGAACCAUGGUUUAAUCUUUGAUUACUGUAGUCACUGAAAUUUAUUUGAAGUAGCUUGUGCUAAUCAAUUUGCCUGUUCUUAAACUGACCGUUUAAUAUGAUUAUGCUGAC